AGGGCCGUCGCUAGUGGACUACCUGUCCCACAGAGCCUUGCGGGGAGGGGGGCCUGGCGCCCGGAAAGAGGUGCUGGCAGUUGGUGGCAGGGCGGCUAGUUCAAGUUGCCAUGGCGGCGAAGUGAGGCGGUAUGUGGAGCCCUUGGUCGUGCUCAGGGAAAUGGUCAGCUUCGCCUCGGGGAGCUGUCGCUAUCUCCUGUAGCUGCUGUGUGGUUUCAAGAUACUAAUGGCAGAUUCAUCUAGUGAUUCAGACAACUUUUUUAGGGCUCGAAUAGGAAGGCGGCCACCUUUGAGAGCAUCCCACAGCAGAGCUCGGAACUAUGGGGCGGAAGAAGUUACAGAGAAGAUCCAUACUUUAGCAAGCACAUUACAGGAUACCAACAGAAAUCUAAGACAUGUUGACCAUUUGCUGGGACAAUACAGAGAAUACAACAAGGAACAAACUGAAGUGAUAGCAACUUUAAAAGAAACACUGGAACAAUCUAUAGGUCAAUUAAGGAGCCAACGAUUAACCCGGAACUCUGAAAUGAGAAGUGCUUCUCUCUCAAGCUUAUAUCCUAGUGAUCUAGAUGGAGGAGGAGUGUCAGGGAACCGCCACUUCCUGCCUACUUCUCCUCUCAGGGAUUAUGGAGACUCACAGGGCAAUAAACAUCGAAGGUCUAGAUCUGCAAGUGUUCGAUUUGUCAAUGAGGCAGAUAAUUUUGACCAGUCUGCUGCUCCCUUCAUUCAUUCAUCCCCCAGGCUGCAUUCUUUCCACCAGUCUCUUCGAGAUCUCAGCACUGAACAACUUCGCCUAGGAGAUGACAUCAGUCGGGAGUUUUCAAGAAGAAAUCGCACUGAAGCUGAAUUAAGAAAAACUGUAGAAGAAUUGUCUGGAAAGCUUACUGAGUCCCAAAGACAAGAAACGGUAUUGGAGCGGGUAGAGAGAAGACUUCAAGAGAUAGAACAAGAAAUGCAUACUAAAAGACAAGUUGUAGAAAGGCACCAGGACCAACUGGGACAUAUGUCUCUUCAAUUGCAAGAGGCUUUAAGGAAGCAAGAUGCUAAAGCAGAUGAAACAGAAGAACUCAUGAGAAAUAAACUUGUGAAAUAUGAAAGUGAAAAGAACCAACUUGAGCAAAAAUUGGAACAGUCACAGAAAAUGUUGAAUGAAUCAGAAGGCAGAAGAGAAGCUCUUUUACAUCAGAUAGAGGAUCUUCGUUCCCAACUUUUGAGAGCAGAAGAAGACCGUGUAGAGUUACAACGUCAAAUUUCGCACCGGCUGAGCUACCAGGAUGUACAAGAUAAUGACAGGAGAAUCAGAACAGGUGCUGAAAGAUAUGAGAGAGAGAAGCAGGAAACGGAGAAACAUAUUUUGGAUCUUAAAGCAAAGUUGAGUCAUAAUGCUGUGAUGUCAGAGGUAGAAGAACUAAAGAGAUGCAUAGAGCGUAAGGACAAGGAGAAAGCACAGCUUGUAAUGCACAUACAGGAGUUAACAUCUGACCUGGAAAACAGGGAGAAGCAGCAGGAAAAUAUUCUGGACCAGCUAAAGGAGAUACAGAGUUGCUACAAGGCUUGUGAGGAUGGCCGUAGACAAACUGAACUCCAGUCUGCUGAGUUAGCUCAGCAGGUGGAAGAGAGUACCAAAGAAGCAGAACGGUACUUCACUGAAUUCAAGCAAGCAGAGGCACUCAGGCUGGAGGCUGAGAAAAAAAGAGAAGAUCUGAAAGUGAGAGCACAGGAAACUAUCCGCCAAUGGAAGUUGAAAUAUAAGAAACUGAAUCAUGAGGUGGAAAAACAAAAUGAAACCAUCAGCCAGCUCAUGGACAAGAAUAGUCAGGCCCUCAAAGAAAAGGAUGACCUCAGAAGUCAACUUCUCUCUGCUAUACACCAAAUAGAAAACCUUCGGAAAGAGCUGAAUGAUGUGCUUACAAAGAGAGCCCACCAGGAAGAACUCCUCCACUGCAAAGAGGCAGAACUGAAUGAAAUGAAGUCUCACCAGGUAUCUCUUGAAGAAGAGAUGAAAGAGGUUCAAGGUACUGUAAAUAAACUGGAGAAUGAGUUGAAACAGCAAGUCUUACUACAAAAUCAAAUACAAGCUGAAAAGGAACACUUGGAGACAGAGCUUGCAACUAGUAACUUGAUCCGUAAAAAAGACCAAGAAAGACUCUUAGAAGUGCAAGCAGAUGUAACAAACCUAAGCUCUGUACGUGUGGAACUAACAAAUAGAAUAGCAGAAGAGGAGAAAGUCAGAAAGGAAUUACAUAAGAGCCUCUCAGAUCUCCAGAAACAGCAGGAAUCUAAGCAUGAAGAGGUGACUUCAGCUAACAGGCAGCUGAAGAUGGAAAGAGAAGUUCACCGACAGGAGUUGGCAGAUCUUCAGUCAGAAUUACAAAAUGCUAAAAUCAAACACGAACGAAACAUUCAAGAGCUCACCAAACUCCUUAAACAAGAAAAGGGUGAUGCAGAGGCUCAGAUUAGAAUGCUAAAGAUGGAGCUUUUAGAAGAGAAGAACAUAGUGAAAGCUCAGUGUCAGCAACUAGAGAAGAUAAAAUUUGAGUGUGAUAAAUUGACAGAAGAAUUAACCCAAAAUGAAGAAGAAAAUAUAAAACUCAGGCGGAAAUGUGAAUUUAUAAAACAAGAACUGGAGAAAAAGAAUAAACAGGUCAGCAAUGAAGAAGAUCAUUUGAGGAGGAUGGAUGCGGCUAGACUGCAGUUUAAGGAUCAGCUGCGUCACUUAGAAAUGGAACAGGAAUCUAUUCUCACCAUGAUAGGAAGUGAAAUUGAUGUUGCUUGUGAAAUUUUUUCUCGGGACUCCAUGGAGAAAUUAAAAGCAGUAUCGCUUACACCAACAGUUCUGAAUGAUCCUCAUCGCUGGUUAGCAGAAACAAAGACUAAGCUUCAGUGGCUGUGCGAGGAGGUAAAGGAGAGAGAAAGUAAGGAAAAAAAGCUGCGAUGCUACUUACGACAGAGCCGAGAACAGCUCAAGCACUUUACACAGGUGAAGGAGGCUGAACAUCAGUCUCUUUUUAAACAGAUACAAAAGCAAGAAAAACUUUUGGAAGAAGUUCACAGAGAAAAAAGAGAGCUACUAGAGAAGACCCUCAGAAGAGAGGAAGAAAUGGGAGCUAUCCAGGAACGUAUUAUGGCCUUAGAAGUGCAUACUCAAGUAGCUUUAGACCAUCUGGAGACUGUUCCUGAGAAACUGAGCCUGUUAGAAGAUUUCAAAGAUAUUGCAGAGUCCCGUUGCCGAAGGGAGAUUAUUGAGGAAAGGUACACAAAAUAUAAAGAACUGGUAUGUUCUUUACAGCAACAGCUGGAAGAUUCAAAACGAAUAGUUCAACAAUUCAAGAAUGUGAAAAUGGAUGCUGAAAUGUCAGAUACAGAACUGGUUGCUCCGUCUUCUAGUUGGCAAACUCAAAACAGCUUUUUGUCCAGAUCACUGCUCUCCAAUUCAGGUUCAUUUGUGAAAAGAAUGUCUCCUUUUGAUACAAGUGCCACCAAGGAAGGUUCCUUCAAUGUUGCUGUCAGUGAAAUGAAGCUUCAAGCAGAAAGAGGGAAGCAGUAGACAAUUUUACAAAAACACACCAUCUUUCUCUGUGGUAAAUUCCCUUCCACUCUUUUGGGGUUUUGAACAGUAAUAAUUCCAUGUGUUAUAGGAGUUAUGUAAGCAAACACUUACAUAAAAGAGCACAAAGAGUGAGCCUAAUGAACUCCUGUGGUAAUUUAUGUAACUCAUACACCAAAGAUUUUCAGGGAUUAUGCUAUUCUCUUGUAUUUGUUUCUGCAGUCCUUGUAAAUGAAAUUUAUUCUGUUCCUAAAAUACCAUGAAAUGAAAGACCUGUGAGAUUAAUCUUUGUUAUCAGCUUAUUUGCCCCUGUACAGGAAUUGUUCUGACAUGUGUUUUUUAUAAUCUUUAAUAACAUUAUUAAUGAAAAAUAAUCAGAAACUA